ACAAAGCUUUCUUACAAACCACGUCUCUCUCCUAAAAAACUAUUUAGGGGGCCUCUGCUCGUCGCAAUCCUCUUUUCUUAAACACCUCUCCUUCUCUCCAGAUAUCAUCAGCCUGUGUACUUUUUUUUUUUUUUUUUCCAGUUCUAUGGCUUCCCCUCCAUUUUUCUCCAUCCCUUCCCUUUGCUUCUAACUUUCUCACACCUUUCCCCCAACCACUUUUUCUUCCAUAUCCUAUACCUCCUCCUUCUUCCCCUGCAUUUAAUGAGCAGUACUUUGUAUUUGAAUUCCUUCCACUGCUCUGUAUCUGAAAUCUGAAUCUAUUCUGUAUUUGGUUCUCCGCAUCGUUUCUUGAAAAGUUAGAGGUGUUAAGCCAGUUCACAUUCCAGAUUUACAGGCCUGAUUGCAGAAAUUAAAGCCAAAAAUUGCGAAACAUAGCUCGAUUCUAAAACAGUCGUUUCAGGUAGGAAUGGAGAACAAUUCCCGACGUACCACCGAAGAAGAUCACAUGGAUUUGCCGCCUGGAUUUCGUUUUCACCCCACUGAUGAAGAACUCAUAACGCACUACUUGUGCAAGAAGGUCCUUGAUUGCGAUUUCUCUGCUACGGCUAUCGGGGAAGUGGAUUUGAACAAGUGCGAGCCUUGGGAUUUGCCACGGAAAGCGAAAAUGGGGGAAAAGGAGUGGUACUUCUUCUGCGUUAGAGACAGAAAAUACCCAACUGGUUUGAGGACGAACAGGGCCACUAAAGCUGGCUACUGGAAAGCGACAGGGAAAGAUAAAGAAAUUUUCAGGGGAAAAUCUCUGGUUGGAAUGAAGAAAACUCUGGUUUUCUACGAAGGCAGAGCUCCAAAAGGAGAGAAGUCCAAUUGGGUCAUGCACGAAUACAGAUUAGAGGGUAAAUUGUCUUUCCAUAACCUCCCCAAAACAGCACAGAAUGAAUGGGUGAUUUGCAGGGUGUUUCAGAAGAAUUCUGGUGGGAAGAAGUCCCACAUUUCAGGGCUUGUGAAACUGAAUUCUUUGGGACAUGAACUGAAUUCCUCUGUUCUACCACCAUUAAUGGAUUCUUCACCCCCCAGCGGCAAAAACAGACCCGCCAUGACUGAACCAGCUCACGUGUCCUGCUUCUCCAACCCCAUGGAUGCCCAGAGAAACCAACAAAAGAUGAUUGACAGCUUCAACAAUCCUCUCUUCACUGUUUCUUUGAACCCUUCAAAUAUUUUCCCGAGAAUUCCCACCGGGAAUCCCCCUUACCCAGUUCAAGGAAUCCCAAUUCCAGGGAAUUGGCAGUACCCGGGGUCUCUUUCAAUCCAAGACCAGGCAUAUCUCAAGGCCUUGCUUGAUUCUCAAGGAUCAAACAUGAAGCAGAGUUUCAAAACAGAGAGGGACAUGGUUAGUGUUUCACAGGAAACUGGUUUAUCCACUGAAGUUAACACAGAAAUCUCUUCAGUUAUAUCCAAUCUUGAGAUGGGAAGGAAGCAAUUUGAAGAUCAAGAGGCCCCUUCUACUUCUGCUGCACCAGUUGACUUUGAUUGUUUCUGGAACUAUUGAAAUCUGAACAACUACAUUUGCUAUUAUAAUUUUAUUUCA